AUGGAGGAACUGACGGUGGAGGUCCGUGGCUCCAAUGGAGCUUAUUAUAAGAGUUCUAGAACUUUACCCAGCAUCCUCUUCGCGCUCAACAUGGAGGAACUGACGGUGGAGGUCCGUGGCUCCAAUGGAGCUUAUUAUAAGUUAUUCAGCGCUGGUCAUUUUGCUCAGGCUUAUCUCAAUGCAUGUCAGCUGUUCACUUUCCAUCUGCAGCUGUCAUUCAGCGCAGCAGAUAUUUUAACACCGGUCUAUUUUGAGAUGAGAUGUGAGAAUGAACAAGCCCACAAGGACUUCAAAAAGGCGGUCGGAGCCAUUCGGAUUGUUUACAGCCCAGAGCAAAGUGAACUGGUUGUGUUGUCCAUGAGCGAAGCCACCGGCAAGCGCGUCUCACUGCUGAGUGACAUGCAUUUACGCAGCAUCCGCACCAAACUCCUGCUCAUGUCCCGGAACGAGGAGGCCACCAAACAUCUCGAGAGUACGAAGCAGUUGGCCUCGGCGUUUCAAGAGGAGUUCACUGUGAGAGAGGACCUCAUGGGUCUCGCCAUCGGGAGCCACGGCAGUAACAUUCAGCAAGCCAGAAAGCUGCCGGGAGUGACCGCCAUCGAGCUGGACGAGGAGACGCGAACCUUCAGGGUUUACGGAGAGACUGCUGAGGCGGUACAGAAAGCAAGGAUUUAUCUCGAGUUUCUGGAAGAUUCAGUGCAGAUUCCUCGCAAUCUUGUUGGGAAGGUUAUUGGAAAAAAUGGCAAGGUUAUCCAGGAGAUUGUGGAUAAAUCUGGUGUAGUGAGAGUGCGCAUCGAAGGCGACAACGACAACAAACUCCCGCGACAGGAAGGAAUGGUGCCAUUUACGUUUGUUGGUACGAAGGAGAGUAUCAGCAAUGUACAGGUCCUACUGGAGUACCAUAUUGCUUAUCUAAACGAGGUGGAACAGCUGCGACUGGAGCGGCUGCAGAUUGAUGAGCAGCUGCGGCAGAUCGGGAUGGGCUACAGGCCCGUCCCAAACCGACCCGCCGAUAAGGACAAGAGGUCCGCCACUGAAGAGAGCAGCACCCAUAUCAACCGCUCCUACUCCGGCAGGGGCCGCGGCCGCCGGGGGCCCGCAUACACGUCUGGCUACGGCACUAACUCCGAGCACUCGUACGCCUCGGAGACCGACUCUGAGCACAAGGAGGAGCUGAGUGACUGGUCCAUGGCAGGAGAGGAGCCCGAGCACAGCCCCAGACAGCAGAGGGACAGCAGGAGGAGAGCGGGAGAGCGCCGGGGCCGCGGCAGAGGGCUGUCCAGCUCCAUUAGCUCAGUUUUGAAAGAUCCCGAUGGAAACCCAUAUAGUCUGCUGGACGACACCGAGACGGAUCAGACAGCGGACACAGAUGCCAGUGAGUCCCAGAUGAACAGCAGCCGUCGCAGGCGCUCCCGUCGUCGCCGCACAGAUGAAGACAGCACAGUCAUGGAUGGCAUGAGCGAGUCCGACAACACCUCCCUCAGCGAGAACGGUCUCGAUGAUGCUGAAGCUAAACCCCAGCGGCGCAAUCGUAGCCGCCGCCGCCGUUUCCAGCCUCCUGAGGAGAGGCAGCCAGUUACUGUGGCUGACUACAUAUCACGAGCCGAAUCUGAGAGCAGACAGAGAAACCCAAGAGAUCUGAGGAAGAACAAAAAGGACAUGGGUCCAGUGGAGUUCAUAUCGGAGCACAGCCCCACUGAAGCCGUGAGCAACGGCUCCACCAAAGCAGACGAUCAGAGCAGAGCGCCACGAGCUUCCGCCGAGAAGACACCCAAAGCCAAGCCAGCCGUCGUCAACGGAGUCUCCUAACCAGUUCGCUUCAUUUCUCCAAACUCAUAACCUUUACAAUUUUACAAUAGUGCUUGUACAAGCUUGCCAAAGAUAGACGUACGGACUUCCACAUUCUCGAUUGCACUUUUCAGUUCCUUCACUAUGGAACAGAUAAUUACAAUGGAAAAAAAAAAAAAAAAUUAUGAGACGAAAAAAAACCCGUUACGUCACACCUGUAUUCCUGAUCGGAUGCUGUGCCUUCAGAGCGUAGUUUCAACAUUUUGUUGGCUGGCUAUAGAGCAAACAAACAGAACAAUACUUUCUGUAUUUCUGAAUACAGAAAGACUCCCAGACAUCCUUAGCUGCUUUUUGUUACGUUUUAAUAUGCAACCACUUCUUCACGAGGGGUUAUGGGGAAAAAAGGAUGUUUUGCACUGAAUAGUCAUUUCUUGACCUUUAGAAUAAUGUUAAAGUCUGGAAACUGGUCUGCUAACUGUCCAUUUUAAAUGCUGUAUGCACAACACUUCUUGAAUGAUUGAAUUGGGUUUCAUCUUUUGCCUGUUGGGUUGUUAUGGUGGCAACCGAGACUGUUUCGCUAAAGGAGAAAUUUUUUUUUUUUUUGGUUUAUUUAUUUUAAAAUGUACAGUAUUUAAAAUUAACAACGCAGUGGAUUUUAACACUAAACUGCCUGAACUUCUUAGCACGCAGAUUACAAAUUUGGACUACUGAAAGAUCAAUUUCCAGAUGUUCUGUUCUGUAAACUACGUUCGUUAGUCCUUUUGGGUUUUUUUUAAGAUCAUUCUGGUUGUUUGAUGUGCAAUAUGUUUUGUAUGCAGGUAGUUCAUAAAUAAACAUUUGAUCUUCCAGCCAA